UUACCACCAAAAAUCAUAAAGACGGUGAAAAGCAUUAAAAAGUGUACGAUGAUUCAACAAAAGCGUAAAUUAUUUAACAACAUCUGAAAUGAGAUAAUCCUUGGACGCUACACGACAUACAUAAAAUUGAAGUGGCGUACCUAAGUGUCUGAUAUAUUAACUUGCACGUGUUGAAUUCAUCAAACAAAUGUAAAAUCAUACAGGGAGUUGCAAAAUGCUUCAAGCACUUGUAGAAUGCGACAGCUUUCAGAAGUCUCAAGCUGCUUGCAUGUCUUAAUUUGUGCAACUGGUUUUGCAUUGUAAUAGCCAGUUUUAAAAAAUAGCUAGUUUCAAAAUAUAGCUAGAUUUAAGAUAGCUUAUUUUCAAGUAGUUAGAAGUGAAAUAGCUAGUUUCAAAAUAGCAAUAGUUCUAAAAUAGCUAGUUUCAAAAUAGCUAGAUUUAAAAUAGCUAGUUGUAAAAUAGCUUGUUUUGAAAUAGCUAGUUUUAAAAUAACUUGUUUUCAAGUAGUUAGAAGUGAAAUAGCUUGUUUUGAAAUAGCUUGUUUCAAAAUAGCUUGUUUCAAAAUAGCUAGAUUUAAAAUAGCUAGUUGUAAAAUAGCUUGUUUUGAAAUAGCUUGUUUUCCAGUAGCUAGAAGUGAAAUAGCUUGUUUCAAAAUAGCUUGUUUCAAAAUAGCUAGAUUUAAAAUAGCGUGUUUCAAAAUAGCUUGUUUUAAAAUAGCCAAUUUUCAAAUAGCUAUAGCUAGUUUUGGAAGAGUUAGUUUUCAAAUAUACUGAUAAAUUAUAGCUGGUUUUAAAAUGUAUAAUUUUAAGAUAACUAGUUCUGGAAUAGCUGGCUAUGAAAACGAAAUAAUAUAAUUGAAAUAGCUAUUGUUUUUAAAUAUAUACCCACCCCGGCUACUCGUUACAGGAUUGUUUGAAAUACUGCUGAAAAACGUAUGAAAUAUUGCUCUUCCGCAAAGAGGUAUAAUGGCUGUUGAGAUUCUUAUACUUAUACGAGACAGUCUGCAAGAAAUAGAUUCACUCUUAACUGAAAAUAUGCAGGAGAAUUGUAAUAUGUGUAUGAGGCGCUUGGGGGUUCUGGCUGAAGAAGCAAUGCGCUGUGAUUCUAUCGACAUUGGUAUUGUUGAAGAACUAAAUAGAGCAAAAAAUCAAUUGAUAUCAGAGUCACAAUGGAGUGAGAGACAUUGUCCUUACCAAGCUCCUUUAGAAACGAACGCUCGUAGAGGAAGACCGAAAUUUUUUAUUUCAGAAGAGCAACUAUGUUUUUUCAAAGCCAAUGGAUUUACACAAAGGGAAAUGGGUGAAAUGUUAGGCGUCAGUCUAAGAACCAUCGAGAACAGAAUGGCUGAAUAUAAUAUGACCAAUGCAAGUCGUUAUAGCAAUAUUGAUGACGAAUGUUUGGAUAUUUAUGUACAACGAAUUGUGGGGCAUUUUCCUAGAUCAGGGGAAAAAACAAUUGAAGGCGAGCUAAGAUCUCUCGGAGUUUGUGUGCAGAGAAGGCGGCUUCGUGAUUCUUUAAAACGUGUAGAUCCAGUUGGACGACGCAUACGGGCGAUGACUGUAAUACAAAGGCGUGUAUACAAUGUUCACUCACCUCUAGCUCUCUGGCAUAUGGAUGGCAAUCACAAACUUAUUAGGUGGCGUUUUAUUGUUCAUGGAUGCGUUGACGGAUUUAGUAGGGUGGUUGUCUACCUUGCUUGUAGCACCGACAAUACAUCUGCGACAGUUCUUCGUUUGUUCAAGGAUGGCGUUAGCGCAUGGGGGUUGCCCUCAAGAGUACGUGGCGAUAUGGGCGUGGAGAACAGAGAUGUCGCACGCUAUAUGCUUGCUCACGAAUCGAGAGGUCCAGGAAGAGGAAGUUAUAUUACGGGACGAAGCGUUCACAAUAGCCGCAUUGAACGUCUUUGGCGAGACGUUUACCAAACCGUUCUCUCUCUAUUUUAUGAUCAUUUUAUGAAUAUGGAAGCUGACGGAGUUCUUAAUCCUGAUAACGAACAUAAUUUGUUCUGUCUACACGAGGUCUAUCAGCCGAUAAUAAAUGAAAUGCUAAAAAGAUUCUCAGAUUCGUGGUUGCAUCACAAGUUGCGCACGGCUGGAAACAAAACACCACUACAGCUGUUCUUAAUGGGGAUGCAACAAAUUGGCGGAGAAAGCAACUUAAUAUCUAAUGAGUACUUCGAACAUUUAAAUGAGGCCGAAAUUCAGUCCUUUGGAAUCGAUGGUGAUGCAUAUCUUCCUGAAGAUGUUAAUGAGCUAGAUGCCGUCACAAUUCCGGAAACAAUUUGCCCGUUAUCUGAAGAACACCUUGCUGUCUUUAGAGGCACACUUCAAGUUGUAAGUGCUGAUGACUUGUGGAAUAUACAGCCUUAUUUGCAAGCCGUACAGACAUUAAAUUCCAUGUUAAACGAAUUACCUUAGACAAUAACCAUAAAGUACUUAGAGUUCGUGAAACACAACAUAAGAUAAGAUAUCUUCAAUUUU